UGUUUACAAAAUUCUAAUAUCGUACGACGCAGCGAAACGACGACGACGACCAAGCCUCCUCUGUUAUUUUUCGCGCUGCCAUCCAUUUCAAAAGCUCAUUCAUAAGCAAGGAUCGCCAAGAAUCGGAAGUGUUUUUUCUUAUCAGGAGGAGGAAAAUCCUCUCCCCCUAAAACGGAAGUGAUAGCCUACAGCUGCAGCUCAGUUAAAUUUGUGGACAUUGAAACAUCGUUUUGAUUGAGAGUGAAGCUAACAGUGCAAGAAAAAUUGUGAGAAGAAGUGAAGUGAACUUUAAAUUCAGCAGCAGCCAAAAGUGCCUCUCAAGGACAAAUUCCAGUGGACUGAAAACAAAUCGAGAGCUUAGGACUCUGUAAUAAAGCGAAAAGUGUUUUUCGGGGGAUAUUUUUGAAGGACUGCCAUGCAAUUCUGAACAUCAAACUAUGUACCACGACUUGAAAUUGUACAACAAGCUGUUUGGUGGAUGUGGACUGGCGUCAUUCAUUGGCCUUGUAAGCUACGAAGCUUAUCGUACGUACUCGGCACUGAGCAAUCUGGUGGACACCCGCGUGCUCGACAUUGACCGGAAACGCCCGGACUACAUCUACAUCAAGCACCACAUCUACAGACAAUCCCUGCAGGAACAACAGGAACAGGAACGGGAAAACGGCCGGCUGGUCAACGUGGUCGUGCAGCCCUUUGGCAAGUGGUGGAAGGCUCUGAAACAUUCGGUCGCUUGGAGAUUGCUUAAAAUCGCCCAGGAGGGUGACCAGAUCGAUCGAUUGAAGGCCAUCAAGCAACUUGCACUGAUCGAUCAUCUGAAAGAAGAUUUCACACGAGAUUGGGAUUUCCAGCACCUGGCCCAACUGUGCGACGCCCAAACCGCCGUCUCUCUAGCCCGUUCAAACUGUGAUUCCCGUUGGUUCCUUCCCCCGCGCCAGUAUGGAGUGGAAAAAUCCGCCCACGAAGUGCUGGCCAGCAUCAAAGGUCUCAUCGAAAAGCUAGCCCCGGACCGUUGCGCCGAAUACGCGCUGGAACACACCUUCACAUCCCACCAGAUCAAGGAACCGGUCGGAGACGAUGUGGUGGACCAUAGGCUGUACGUGUCUCGUUUCGAAAACGAACAACUCAAGCAAGCUCUCAAUGCCUUGGUCCAUCUGACGACGGUGGAGGAGAACUGCCGCAAAAUCAUCGACUCCGGUGGCCUGCUGGAACUGAUCGAGGUGGAAAAACUGUACUCCGACAACAUUGAUAUGAAGCUGACACUGGCCAGGAUCAUUGCCAAUCUGUCCGUGCACGGAGAUCGGGCGUACGACUUCUUCGCCAGCGGCUGGAUCAACAUUUUGUCCAAAUGGCAGCAGGAUGUCGACAUGCGCAUGCAGGUGACCACCGAUCUCACUCUCUCGAAUCUGGAUCGUGACGAUCCGAAUAGUUUUAGCUACGAGUCCAAUGUGUACCCACUGUAUCCGAAAGGCAGAAGGAAAAACAAGCCCGAUGUGGACGUCAUAUUUGUUCAUGGACUGUUAGGAGGCGUCUUCGUGACGUGGCGACAGAAGGAUCUCAAACCCCAGGCGGCCAGUCUUCUAGGUAAGAAACAUUCUUCUGUUAGUCUAGUGUCCACGAGUGCCAAAGCUAGGAACGAAACUAAGACCCCGUCGACUGCGACAGCAACGACAGCUACGAUGACGACGCCGGCGCUGGAUUCAGUCCCAAAAUUGCCGAUCAGACGACGACUGUUCAAUUGGUCCGCUAGAAAGUCUUCCUUCCACGAGGACGAGCAAGUCAAUCGGGCCCACGCAGGAGAGGGUAUCGCGUCCUACAACGACGCAGAACUGCUCACCCUCCAGCCGACGCCGCCCAAAUCACACCCCUCGAUCAGCGACACCGCCACCAAGGAGCUCAUCCAAGCGCUCCAGGAAGACGAACCCCUGUCCUCCGAGUGGUCCGUCGUGUUCCCCGAUCUGCCGCUGGUAGCGGACGAAAAGUACACCAGUCCCGGUGUACGCAACAACCCGGAAGGCCGCUACAGCGUGUCCGGCGACAAGUGGCUCCAGGAACCGCUCGGUGACGAAUCCAUCGGGCGGUCCUUCUGCUGGCCCAUGGAAUGGCUGCCGAAAGACUUCCCCAACAUUCGCGUGAUCGGUCUCAACUAUGAAUCCUCCCUGUCGCAGUGGUCGGCCAGUGGUUGCCCCUGCGAAAAGUACGACGGAAAGCUGGAGAAACGUGCCUCGGAAUUCCUCAAGAAACUCGCCAGAUCCAACAUCGGACAGGAUCGUCCCGUCGUAUGGGUCGGCCAUUCCAUGGGUGGACUUCUCAUCAAAAGUAUUAUGAAUCAAGCCGCCGCCAGCGAGGAUCCAGCCAUUCGCCGAAUUGCACAAAAUUCACGUGCAGUUAUGUUCCUUGGAACGCCACACCGCGGCAGUGCCAUUGCCAAACUCAAACAGCACACAUCCGCCCUGGUUUGGCCCUCAGUUGAAGUUCGCGAGCUGGAAGAAAACUCACUCCAUCUACUGCAUCUACACAAAACGUUCCUCAAAACCAUCAACCAGCUGCCGAAGAAACCGGAGAUUGUGAGUGUAUGCGAGGGUAGUGCCACCGUUUUGACCUCGUUCAAGUUGCCAUUGCACAUCGUUACGGAGAAGUCAGCGCGUCUCGACGAAGGGGACUUCUAUCUGACCAAAGAGGACCACUUGAACCUGAGCAAACCGAUGUGCAGACAGUCGUUCCUCUACCAGAGGCUAAUCAGCACGAUUUGGUAUGCAAUGCAGUCGGCCAAGGAAGCGGGCGAACCGGAAGAGGAACACACUUCCAGCGGAACCAAGAGCACUGAAAGUGGAAAGCGAUCUAGUUCUGUAUUCAGUGAUGUCUACCGACAGUUGCGUCAGUUGGACAGAUUGUUCAAUAUAUUUCUCUAGAUGAAAUUCUUCAGUACAAUGUGCGUUUAUGUUUUACUGUUGCGUGAUAUGGACAAAGUUUUUACCAGUUUACUAGUUAAUACGGAACGAAGUAUUUUUUUUUAUUUAUUGAAUUUUAUUCAACUUUUUAAUGUCGAAAUACAUUUUAAAUAAGCAAAUA